AUGCUCAAGCGUGUAGGAGAACACGCCUUGCGAUGCACGCCGCGGAGGCCUGUCAUUCGGAGGAAGCUUUCUGCCCGCAAAUUCUCCGUGUAUACCAGCUCAAGUGCCUCUGCAACUUCCACGGCGUCUCCGCUGGGCGGGCUCACUGUCGAGCUUGAUCGCAUUGCCCCGCGCUUUGAAGUCCCGGCGUCAAAGAUUACAAUUCUCGACUCUCCCAGCUCUUUUUAUCAGACGUUGAAGGACAAGAUCAAAAAUGCGAAAAGACGCAUCUACCUGUCGACACUGUACAUUGGGAAAACAGAAUUCGAACUGGUCGAGACAUUGAACCAAGCGCUGCGCAAUAACCCGGAUCUCAAAGUGUCCAUCCUGACCGACGCCCUGAGAGGGACGCGAGAGACUCCAAACCCGUCAUGCGCAUCACUUCUCGCGUCGCUAGUUGCCGAGCAUGGCACAGAUCGUGUUGAGAUCCGCAUGUUCCAUACGCCCAAUCUCACCGGUUUGCGAAAGAAGCUGAUUCCGCGACGGAUCAAUGAGGGAUGGGGCCUGCAACACAUGAAGUUGUACGGCAUUGAUGACGAGAUAAUACUAUCGGGUUCGAAAGAGCUGACAGACUACUACGCGCGCAUACAUCAUGCAGUGUGCAGUCUGAGCUUCCAGGUUCUUCCUGACGCUAAUAGUGUCGCUGGUUAUGACCUCGUCUGGCCAACUUCUAACGGCUCCUCUUCGCCUCUGGAGAGCCCGGAGGGCUUCAUAUCCCAUGCGUCUUCGGUGCUUGGUCCACUCAUCCAACCGUCCAAAUCCGCACCCAUUCCGUCGAGCUCUUCGAGCCAGACGCUCGUCUAUCCGGUCGCCCAGUUCACUCCGCUUCUAAAACCCGAUACAUCUACUGAAUUCCUUGCCGUUAGUAGCAUACUCCGCCUCCUUGCGAAUUCCCCGAAUCUUCAGGAUUCCCGCUGGCUCUUCACCGCCGGCUAUUUCAAUAUCCAUCCAAUCCUUUCCUCACUUCUCAUAGGGAGCACAUCCUUAGCCACAAAGGAAACUGCCAAAACACAAGGCACCGUCCUCACUGCUUCGCCGUGGGCCAAUGGCUUCUAUGGCUCACCAGGAGUCUCGGGCAUGCUCCCUGCAGCUUACACGCACCUGUCGGCGCGAUUCCUGGACAAGGUUGCCGAAGCACAACGGACGAAUGCGAUCCAAUUGAAAGAAUGGCGUCGUGGCACGGUCGGCGAACCAGGAGGCUGGACCUACCACGCCAAGGGUCUUUGGAUAACGCUUCCCCGGGAGGAAUACCCGAGUCUGACCUUCGUCGGCAGCAGCAACUACACCAAACGCAGCUACAGCCUCGAUCUGGAGGUCGGGGCCUUGGUCAUCACGUCUGACGAAGCAUUGAAAAAGAGACUGGGUGAGGAGACGGAAUGGCUGCAGAAAGACGCACGACCCAUUUCGAGGGAGGAUCUGCGAAGAACCGAAAGAAGAGUCGGAUGGAACGUGAGACUGGCCAUGUGGAUUGUUGAAAAGGUCGGGGGAGCAUUAUAG